AAUAUACUGUGAUUUAUACUUUUCAGAUACCGUAUGUUACCUAAGGAACACAGAUGUUGAGCUGCGAUAUGAAUACAUUAAAUGGAAAGGGAAUCAAUUAUAGGAAAAAUACAAUAUAUACCAUCAUAUGUUUGAAGACGGGCAUCUAAGUUCAAAAAACUGUUCAAAGAGACUUAAAACAUUGGGCGGAAAAGUAAAGAAGAAACAAAAGACGUGUGUUAAAACAAUGUAAUGAAUGUCUGCAGGAAUUGUACAGUGUCGUAAGCAAAAUAAAAUGUACACAAAAUAAUAAUUGGAUAUAUCAUAAUUUUAUUACAUCUACGUUAUAUUAAUUAAAAAAUGAUUAUUUUUACUAUAAUUAUAUAUUUAAACUUUUUCAUAAAUAAACUCGAAACUUGUUCUGGAAUAGUAUAGAGACACAAAGUUCACGUAACGGCCGAAAAGUAUUGUACAAAUACAAAGUGCACGUGUCCUGAGGGGAACAUUAUAGGAAGAGACUGGCGAAGUUAGGGACAUAUUUACCAUACGAACACAAUGAACAUGAAGACAAAAACAUUCCAGUCACCUCUUAUAGCAUUACUGUGUUUUUAUCUUAUCCUAAUUCUAAACUGCGUUACACUUUUCAUUCAAUCGUGGUACACUCUAAAAAUAGACAUCAAUAAAUGUUCAAACUGUGGUAGGAUUAUUGUUGCCAUGGGAACAUUAUUGGAGCAAGCUGUUGGUGCAUUCGAAGACAAUACAGAGGUUAAGGACGUUUCUAUGGAAACUAAUUUAGUGUAUGGCAUGGAUGAAGGAAUUUACAGAAAGAGUAAUGAAUACGAUACUAUCUUUAAGAUUGAAAAUCAAAUAAAUAUGUACGUUGGACUUUGGAAAACGUCUUUAUGCACAGAGGACGAUGUUUAUUGCGUAGACCUUGACACUGACAUUUCCCCGAGUGUUUUUGCUCCUCUGCCAUUGCUGUUUGAAAUUCAAGAAAAUAUCAUAGGGUCACGGCAGUUCUUUCUUCUAUCAACAGUUAUUGUGGUGUUAACGAUAAUAUUUGCGACAAUUAACUUCAAAGUGUCAAAAUCAGCUGUUUCUAUGAUCAUGACAUUAGGCGGAUUAGCGGCUGCUUUUGUGUCUUUGGUUGGCGUAGUUAUAGUCUCAUUAAAGCUGUUCGGCACACUUGGCAUGUCUGAUAUUGUAACUUUCCGUGUUCCAUUGAUGCUAAUAUUGUCAUUACUGAGUGACUAUGCGAUAUUGGCGGCAGUGUUUUCAGUAUGGAGAACAUGGGAGACAGGCAAAAGUUCAGUUCAAGACUGGUUUGAAAGGAGUAUUCGUUUUGUUUGAAUUUGCUGAUUUUAUGCCUUGUAUCUCUGUAAAAUGUUCAGUGAAGGAUUAGAAGAUGGUAACUUGAACAUAGUUUUGAACGGGAUUGUGUGAAAAGAAAUAAGAAAAUAAAAUUAAGCGAGUUUAUAGAUCUACUAAAAGGAUAACACGGCUCAACAGGAAUGGGACAUUGCUUUUAUCGCUCAAUUACUAGACAAAACGGACACGGGUAAUAUAUAACCGGUUUGUGAAUACAAAAAAACAUGUGACGUGUAUGACCAUGAAAGUACACAAAAGAGGAAAGAACGGAUACGUCAUGUCUAUAUGAAUCUGCAUGGGAUCAUUAACAAGAAAUGUUUUCAAAAAAGACAAAUGGCGCAGUUACAUUAAAGACAUUACUUUGGUAUAUUCAAAAAACGAACUGGUACUUAUAUAUGCUUUUCUUGCCCGCGCUGUGCAUGCGUGCUUAAAACUGUGAUAUUUACUGUUAGGAUUUAACUUGGAGUAUUUUAGACCCACUUCUUCAGUUGUGUCUUUACAAUAAAUCUUUGAUUUUCUAUGCAGUUGAAUAGUCACAACGCAAUACUCUGGUGCGCUUUAAUGUUAAUUUAGCAGACGAGCCUCAUAUUGUCAACGUUUUAUGACAGGUCAUGAGGUUUUCGUAUUUCGACCUAGGCCUAGUAAUUUUGUGAUUUUGCUUCUCUGCUUCGCUCUAUCGUUUCGACAAUAUAUGUAUUGAGAUAUAAUUUAAGCAUUAUUUUCGCGGAUCAGUUAAGGCAGAAUUCCAACAAUAAAUGAGCAACACCCACCUUUAAUCUCCUGUAUCAGUUGUAAAUGUGUUAAUUCAGAACUUUAAAAAAGAAGAAAGAAACAGCUUGCAUGUGAACCAAACAAUAUUUUACAUAUGAAAAUAUGAACCUGAAAUCCCGGAGAAUCCUACGUUUCGACUGAUCGGCACAGACAUAUGUGAAUUUUUACCGGCUUUCCCGCGCGUUUUUUCCAUAGACGAUAAGACGAGUUUUCAUUGGUCCAGGGAGACAUGCUUAAUUUGCAUAUACAUGUUCAGGGAAAACAAACGGCGGCGCCGAAUAACAACGAAAAAGAUUGCAUAUUGCCAGGGAAUAAAAUGAAUUGUAUGAAUUAAAAUGAAAAUAAACAGUUUAAAAGGGGGAGACGCUGACAAUAUGCCUUUGAAGUAAAGUUGUCAGUUCCAAGCACGUCAACGGUACCUAUAUGAUUUCCUAUGUGGUAUCACACUUAAUAAUCUUCUUCUUGGAGACGAGCAUCUUUCAUACGAAAACAACAAACUAAUCUCCCUAUGUGUCUAGAGCUACAUAGCGGCAACUAAGAGAUUUGACACAUGACGGGGACAUUUUUGGUGACAUUCUGUACUCCUUUUAUUCCUUGCGUGACAUCAUAACCCAUAGCAAAUCACAAUUUGUUUCUUUUUUUAUUUCAUAUUCAUCUCAGUUCUUAGUCUAACCUAGUACGAUUACAUACUUAACACACUUGAAUAACAAUGAUUAAGUUACCAAGUUAUCAUAAUUACUUUUACGGCAAAAUGUAAACGUAAUGUAAAAGUUUCGAUUAUAACUACUCUCACUUAUUUACAUUUACGUUCCGGUCGAAUAAGUGCAAUGAUAAUUAUAUUAGGCCAACUCCAUCAUGGAAAGGAAUUAAUAUAAGCACUUACUUGCAGCAUUUCAUAAAUAUAUAUUGCACAAAUGUAUCUUGCAACUAUGUUACUUGAUCGAAUGAAAUAAAAAUAUGUUUAAACAAAAGAAAAGAAUGGGAGGCAUGGGUUAUAAUUAUACACUAAAAUACAACAUACUCUAAGAAAGACGUUACAUAACUACUAAUAGCUUUAUAUCAGACAGAAGAGAUGCUACUAAAAUGUACUUAAGGAAUAAACAUUAACUGUAAAUACAUUUUUCAAUUGUUUUGAAAUAAACAAAUCUAAGUGAUCACAUUCUCAAACAUAUAUUUCCUUUCCUAAGUGCUAUUCGUAAAAUCAUAAAAUAUGCGUACACAACAUACUAUUUAAAUCCUUUUGUAGGUACAUAUUUAACAUAUAAAUGUUUCAUAAAAGAAUUUUGUAUCAAAACAUACUUGAAAGAAAAACUUGUUGUUUUGAGAGAUAAAUCAACCCUUAAAUGUAUGUUAUACACUAUCUAUCACAAAACAAACUUGCAUCGAAAGAACAUUGUCUGAACUUUCAUUAUAGUAAUGAUGGCAUGUAAUAUCUUUGAUAUCACUUUUAUUGCGUGGCACCUACAGAUCAAACUAUUUUUCACUCAUGAGCACCAGAGUAUGAGAACCAGAGUAUGAGAAUGUUCAACAUGAAAUAAAAGCAUAGAGAGUACAGUACAGUGGAGGCAAAAUAGUGAUAUAAAUAUGCAGUAUUUGAUUGAUCUGUUCUAGAAAUAUAAAGCAUUGCUCAAUUUGUUCGUAUCAUAAAAGUCAUAUAUUAUAGCUGGUCGAAGAUUGAUAUAAACAGAUAGGCAAGUUUUCAACAGAUGUAAAUACAGCUGUGACAAAUAGAGUUUGGUGACUAUAUAUCAAAGUGCACUUAAAUAAAAUUCAAGAACGAUAAUUCCAGCAUAAAUCUUUUAUUGCGGUGUUCAUCGCUUUUUACAACGUUUAAACAAGCUGUGCAGAGCAUGUAUAUUCAAUAUAACCAUAAAUAUCAUUACAAAAGAUGAUAACAUGCAGUUUUUGUAGAUUUCGAAUAAUUAUUUUGAUUACAUACCUAUAUAAAUUCUGUUAAAAAUCGGCUUAUAUUACACAAUAAAAUAUGAACAGGCAGAAAUAAAUCCGUAUUGUACCUUUUAAAUUCCGUAUUCCACCUUUUGUAUUGUAUAGUGCCGGACUACAUUCAUAGAUAUGCAUAACCUGACGCAGUUUUAUUAAUAGCGCACAUAAAAACCUCUUUUAGUUCCAUUUAAUAUCGAUAAACAUUGCAAAUUUCGUUCAAUAACAAAACAACAAACAAAAAGGUAGAGGUAUAUAAUAAAAGGGUCAUUAUAACAGUAGCUAGAUCUGGGGCCGUAUUCAUAAAGCAUCUUAAGUAUAAGUUUUGACUUAAGUUGAAAAAUUUACUUAAGUUUGUGGUGAUUUUAGCUUAAGUCUAAGUAAAAAACUUAAGUCCUAUUCAUAAAACAGCUUAAACUUAAGAUACGUAAGAAAUGACUUAAGUCAGAAAACAAAAUGGCGUCGUGAGUACGAUUAAAGUGUUGUUUUCAGAUAAAAGCACUUUAAGCAUAAUUGUGCAUGUUGUAUCUGUCUGAAAUUAAUGUUGUUUUUUUAAUGUUUUCGUCCACAAUAAAAGCCAAUAAUUACUUAUUGAGUUGUUUUAUGAAUAACAAAUAUACUUAAGUAAAAUUGUGGUGUAACAGGGUCUAAAGUUCACUAUUCUAACUACAACAACAACAACAAUUCUCUAUAAUAACUACUAUUUAAUAUUGUACUAAAUUCUAAGAUAAUAUAUACAUCAAUGUCUUUCUUCAUAAUUCACUAACAUAGUUCACUAACAUUUCCUCAGUUAUUAACAGAACUUCUAUUCUUCGACAUAAUAACUUCAACGUUAAUUGCCUCGGUCCGUAUCUAACUUAUUCAUUUUUGCGCGUAUCGGACAUACGCAUCUAACCUAACUGAGUACCAGAAGGAUACUGAAGUUUUGUCUCAAAACUUCUGCUUAUGAAAGAAAUGAUUCGUGACUUGAGUCAUGCAGCGUGAUCAAAAGACCGGGUGUUUAUAAUUACCCUGUCAUUUAUCCAGUUAGUCAGUUGUCAAAACAAUUAGUAAUUUUGAAACAUGCAUUGCUGGACAAUGCAUUAACUGGGCGAUAUAAUGUAACCUGUCAUUUAAUGCACAUAACUAAUUUCUAGACCGUAAAGCUAAGUGUGAAAAGGAAUGCGAAAUAUAUUCUUAAAGUACAUGACUUAUUAUUGACCGAAAAGCUGUCUGAAAAGAAUGCCUAAGAAGUAUUUGAUAUAAUGGAUUCUUUAAACCAUUAUAUCACACUCGCCCCUUUCUUGUGAGUUUUUCUUUUAAUUAUCUAUAAGAGAAUAAAAAUAAAAACAAAAACAAAAAUUAACGAGGGGUAAGUGCCAGAAGGUGCUAUGUACCACAUUUAACGAUUUUCACUUUUUGGCAUUUUCAGGUAAAGCUUUUCAAGGCGCACAUUUUGCACAAAUCUGCGUCAUUAUAUCUUAAUUAUUUCUUAAUUAAUUCAAUCAAGAUCAAACCAGUCAUGUCAGGAUCUCCAUUAAUGAGUUAUGCCAAAAACAGCUUUCAUUACAUAGCAUGUUACCAAUGUAAGUUUAGCUUAUUUGAAAUUUACCAAAACAUUCUAUACACUUAUAGCUGCUCUUGGCAGGCUGCAUUUUAAGUUUUUAGAAGGUUAAAAAAAUUUCCAAAACAUGAUAUGUGAAGAUAGCUCGUUUUAGUAGAGCAGUUUACUACAUGUAACAAAUUAACCCAUCUUUGCCAUUACAGGCUAUAUAAAGAUGGAACCUAAAUCUUACUAAUAAAAUACAAUAGUGCAACAGCCAUAUUAUGCUAUUUCAAGAUAGAAGAUUCUGGUUGAUGCCCCGGUAGUAAGAUCGUAUGUCAUUUGCGUAUCAAGAAGCAGACAUUCCAUAAUAGGUUGUUUAGGCGGUGUCAAUUUCCACUGUUGUUUCAAUAAUUAGGUGUUGAUAACAGGCUAUUAAAUUUAAAGUGUGUGGCAGAUUUUGUAUUUUGCACUGGAAUGUUGAACAUUAUGGUCUAGGAAUUUCUUCUGUCUGAAUGUUUUAGUAAAAAAAGGUGGAAGUUA